GUUCGAUUGGAUGACGUGGUGUCAAGUAACGCAUGGCUGCGAAACCAUAGCCGAAUUGUGAGAAGAGUGAAUGCCCAGAAUCUUUGGCAAGUGGAUCCCGAUUUUCCCCAGAAUCCAUCAGCUUUUCACAAGUAUCACUACGAUUUACGUGAUGCCUAUUGGCCGGACACCAUUGGUUUGAUGUUCCAUCCCCAACUCCCUGCCAUCUAUGAGCAGAUUUACGGCCACGCCAUGCGACCGCGUUUGCGGCCGCCGCAGCAUCCGCGCUUUCGCUUCGCCAACGCUGUCUGCGUGGUGACCAACGUCCCGGAACUGUUGGCCAUCCUCCAGUGGAGCGAUGGUGGCGACGCCGCUUCCAUGUCUCGGGCCCUGGAGACCUUGGAGCGUCACUUCCGAGAGGAGGAAGGCUUCUGUUGGAUCCCCUGGAGGUUGACCCAAGAGCGCUUGCAGCGUUUGCUGGCGUAUCUGGGAGUCCUGAGGCCCUCCGCCGCCAUGACGUCGCAGUUGCGAAUGGAACCGCAUCGUGACAUCUGCCCCAUUUGCUUCGAGGAGCAAGCAGAUGUGGAGCGAUUGGAACAUUGGCGGCCAGUUGGAGAUGUGUCGGAGCAUCAGAUGUGUGGUCGAUGUCGGCAAGAAUAUGGGCAGACCGAAUGGGUGCCAUACUUUUCGCAGGGCAAGCACCUCACUGGCCUUCCCCAUCUUCACGGUGAGAAUGCAGCCAUCUCUCGUGGAGUGGUCUUCGCAUGGACUUUUGAGCUCAAGGGAGAUUGCUACGAGUUGCGGUGCUACGGGUUGCUGAAUUCCAAGGCAGUUCACAUCCCCCCCUCUUCAGAUUGGAUCUUCGCUACGAGGAAGAAGCCGCCGGCUCCUCGCAGGAGCAAAUGUCCCUUCUGCAAGGAAAACUUGUUGAAGGAGGAGCGGAAAGACAGCAGUUGGUUGGCUGAGAUCGUCGAAUAUGGCCGCGGUAUGGUUGUUGCUCAAGUCUUCAAUGAGGUGGUUGGACUGCGAGUUUUCUCCUACUUGUGGCAGUGGAAGUGGCCUCACGUAGUGAGUGACCCUGGUUUGAAGGGAGUGGUGCGUGACGUAGAGGCCAGAGAGGAAUCAGUGGAAGAGGCGGUGCAGGAGCUUGCUCAGCAACAGUUGCAAGCAUUGCGCCGACGACAGGAUGUCUACCCGGAGCUGAUCUCACUUGAAAACGAUGACAUCAUUGGAUUCCGAGUUGCUCAUGGCCCUGGUCUCCCUCAUGGACUGACAGAUGCCAACACCUACAGGAUCAGACAGCUCCCGGGUGCAGUGGCUAUGCAGCAGAUGAUGGCAGAUGCUCGCCAUGCUGCCGCGGCCCUUGCGUAUCCUCCAGGAGCCGGACCGCACGUUGCUGCUCCUGCAGCUGCUGCCCCACAGGCAGGAGCUGCUGGAGCGCCGGAUGAGAAUGCUGUUUGGGUUCUGGUUGAGACGGAUGGUGAGCGGCGUCGUGGUGACACAAUCAUGCUGGAUGGGAGUGAGAUGAUUCAAGGUGAGGUUGGUCUCAAGACCUUUGAAGGCAAAUGGGCUGCCAUCAGAAAGCUUCGCAAAGAGGACCUUGAGAAGUAUCCUGGACGAGAAGCUUCAGCCGAUGCUCGUUUGCUUGGAUUAGAAUUCCAAGGGCUUUCCAGGGAACAACGGAUUUGGCGAGAUGUGGCCAAGGAUUGUCAGCAGGAAGCCCUGCAAGACUGGAAUGUGCCUGGGCCCCGCACCUCACAGUGGUGUGUCCAGUACCUCAAUCGAAAGAGUGGUGGGCCUCCAGAUCAUCACAAGUGGUGGGUGUCCACGAAUGGCCUUCAAGCAGAUUCUUGGGGGGUUGCAGAGCAUGAGAACCUCAUGAAGGUCGUGGACCGCCUUGGUCGAUAUGACGGCCUGGACUUAGCCAACUUGGCCGGCGUUGAACUCCUUUUUCGUCGCUUGCAGUUGAUCGAAUACUUCUGGCCAGAGAAAGGGCCUGGUGGAGGUAAAGGGCACGGCAAGGGCAAGGAGCAAAAGGACAAAAAGUCCGAGGAUUUGUCAUAUCGUGCUGAGGCUGCUGUAUUCACUGGAACCCAUCGCGAAUAUGGCGAUGUGAUGAUUUCGCCAGAUCUUUUGGAAUACGUUUCAAAAGAGAUCGAAAAAGAUGCAUCCAUCAUGAAGCAAGUCCGUAAGGGAGCCUUGACAGAGCUUCGGGCCUCGUUGGGCUAUUCUGGGGAACCAGCUAGCCUUGCUAAUUUCCAAAUUGACCGUGUGUCAUUGCCCAGCAUUGCCGGAUCUCCCUCUUCCUUGGAGACCAUUUUGGGCAGUGCUGAGGCUGAGAAGAUGUUGGAAAUAUUGCGCAGUAAGAUUUUAACUUUUGGGGAAGUGGAAGCGAAGCUUAAGGGGAGUAGCCUUAGGAAACCUUACUUUGACCCAUGUCUCCGGAAAGGGGGCACUGAAUACCAGCAGUUUAUCCGUCGUCUCUUGCAAUCCAACCUCAUCGACUUCCGGCUGAGUGUUCGUGAGAAGGCAGGGCUUUUUGUGGUUUGGAAGAAGAGCGGAAAACAGCGACUAGUUGUAGAUGCUCGUCGGUCUAAUUGUUGGUUUGGGUCCCCUUGUCCUGUUAAACUUGCGACUGGUUCUUCCUUUGCACAGAUCGAAGUUGAUCAUGCCGAUCCCAUCGAACUUGCAGGGGUAGACAUCGCUGACGCGUUCUACGGGAUAGAACUCCCGGAUGAGUUUAGAGACCUCUUUGGUUUAGCUCCGCUCACUGCUGAACAGGCAGGUGACCAUGACUCCACGCCGCCUGUGGAAGCUGAGACUGGGAGUCCUCGAGUCCUCGCCACUGAUGCGUCGCACUGGGGUCGUGGGGUGGCCAAGAUGACAAGCACCCAAGAGCAAGUGAGAGCUCAAGCACGGAUUCAAGAUAGGUGGAGAUUCACGAGUGACCAAGAAAGAUUGCUUUUGUCGGGGCAUGAGGCCGAUGAUGUCAUGCACGCCCUCUCUGACGUGGGGGAAGGCCAGUCCCAACAUGACAUGCUCUCUCUUCCUGUGCCUGAGUUAGAUGUGGAAUUUUUGAAUUCUGAGUGGACGCGUGUCGAGAGCAGAGCAUGGGAUCGGCAAGAACACAUUGUAACCUUGGAAGGUCGUGCAUUGGUUUGGGCAGUCCAGCACUUAGCUAGGAGUGGGAAUUUUGGGCUCGCCGACGAGCCGAACUUGCUGGUUGGCACAAGUCGCAAGGCCCAGAAGCUGACCAAGUCGAAUGCCAGGCUGGCUCUGCACGGAGCGCCAAAGCCUCCUCCCCCUUCAAAGAUUCAGACCCGAACCUUCCUGGAAGAAAGGGUCAUCACCAGCACUCGGUUGCAAUCAUACGAGAUGGCUUGGAUGAAGUUAGUAGAGUUUGCAGAGGACCAAGGCUAUCCCAUGACCUGCCUCAAAGAGGUGGAUGCAGCAGCGGCUUGGUGGAUGGACAUGAUGUACUUCGAGGGAGAUGGUGUGUCGGGGGCAAUGACUAUGAUGGCAGCCAUCAAACACAUGAGAACAGAUGUGCCGAAGCUCAGCUUGCUGGUGAGGUGCUCAAGAUCUCUUCGUGCCUUCAAGAAGUUGGCGCCACCCAUGGCCAGAGUCCCACUUCCAUUUCCCAUGUUGGCACAGGUAGUCAAGCACAUUGUCAUCGAGCUGACAGAACCCAUGGUUGGUGUCCACCUGAUUCUGACAUGGAGCUUGUGCUGCCGACCCGGCGAGUCUCUGAAGCUGAAGUGGCGGCAGAUAGUCGCCCCCAAUCAGGUCAAUCGCCGUUGGUCGGUAUUGCUGUCAGAAAGUUCUCCAGUGGAAGGCCAGUCACAGCCCUCGAAGACUCACGAGCUGGACGAAGCAGUGCUGAUCGACCAUCCUUCUCUCUUGUGGUUGGGGGCAAUCCUCAAGCACCUGAAGAAAGGGAAGAGAGCAAGCAUGCCGGUGUUCGAUUUCAAGAUGGCUCAUGUGAGCAGCGGGUUUGGCCAAGCCCUCGACGCAUGUGGUUACCGUCCUCAUGGCGUGCAAAGCGUGUACCAAAUCCGCCAUGGAUCAGCCUCCACCGACAGACUCACCCAACAGAGAUCAAUGGAAGAAUUGAUGAAAAGGGGUCGUUGGCGCAGUCUGAGCAGCCUCCGACGAUACGAACAAGGGGGCCGCAUCAGCCACGUCUUCGGAUGCCUGAGCCCAGAAGAACAGAAAGCCGCCCUCAUGGCCGAAAAGCAGCUUCCAAUUAUUUUGGGCCGUUGCAUUGGAUGCUCCAAGCUCCCAAACGCAGCAUCUUCCUUGAGCUUUUCUCCGGGUCUGGCCGACUAA